AUGAGAUAUGGGGUAGAGGUAAAGGAGGCCAACGAACUCCUUGACAAGGUGUCCCGUUACCUGCCUGACGAUGCCGUAGCUCAGAUAGAGCAAGCUUAUCUUUACGCUGAUGAGUGCCACGACGGCCAGGUACGCAAGUCCGGCGAGCCUUACAUUAUUCAUCCCCUGCAGGCCGCCGCCUUUCUCGCUGAUCUUAAUCUGGACUGCCACACGAUUUGUGCAGCCCUGCUUCAUGACGUCAUCGAGGACUGCGCCGUUACCUUCGACGAUAUCGAAAAAGCCUUUGGCCGUGAAGUGGCCAAGAUGGUGGACGGCGUUACCAAGCUGACCCGCAUGGACUAUCGGCUUCCCGGCGCCGAAUUCAAUACGGUCGAUCCCUCAGACGAUCCGGACAAGCUGCAUGCCGAGAGCCUCCGCAAGAUGCUGGUGGCGAUGGCUGAAGACAUUCGGGUGGUGCUGAUCAAGCUGGCCGACCGCCUCCAUAACAUGAAGACCCUGGAUGCCUUGCCUCCCGCCAAGCGCAAGAUCAUCGCCCAGGAAACCCUCGACAUUUACUCCCCUCUGGCCCACCGGCUUGGCAUUUGGGAAAUCAAGUGGCAACUCGACGACCUGGCAUUCCGCCACCUGAAUGAAGACCGCUAUCGGGAAAUAUCCCGCAUGCUGGCCGUUCGCCGUGCCGAGCGGGAAGAGUAUGUGGAACAGCUUUGCCAGCGUCUUCGCGAAAUGCUGGCCGAGGCCGACCUGCAGGUCGAGGUCUACGGCCGGCCCAAGGGCAUCUACAGCAUCUACAACAAGAUGCAGAAGUAUGCCGCCCAGGGCGAUGAACUCAGGGACAUUCUGGACUUGUACGCCGUUCGCGUGAUUGUCGAUUCCGAAACGGACUGUUACCGAGCCUUGGGUAUCGUGCACCAGGUGUGGAGCCCAAUACCCGGCCAGUUUGACGACUAUGUCGCCAACCCCAAGGAAAACAUGUACCAGGCCCUGCACACCACCGUUAUCUGCCAGGCCGGGCAGCCGCUGGAAGUGCAGAUCAAGACCACCGAGAUGCACCAGGUGUCGGAGUACGGGGUAGCCGCCCACUGGCGCUACAAGGAAGGCCGGGCUAACGACCUGAAAUUUGAAGAGAAGAUGACGUGGCUCCGCCAGUUGCUGGAGUGGCAGCGGGAUGCUGCCGAGACUGAGGACUUUAUCGAGUCGGUCCAGCAGGACAUAUUCCGCGACCAGGUCUUUGUCUACACCCCCAAAGGGGAAAUCGUAGAACUGGCCGCCGGCUGCACCCCGGUGGAUUUUGCCUACAAGAUUCAUACUGACUUGGGCCAUCACUGCAUGGGUGGCAAGGUCAACGGGCGCCUGGUAAGCCUGGACACUCCUCUGCAAAACGGCGACACCGUAGAAAUUAUGACCACCAAGGCCAACCGGGGCCCUAGUCUUGAUUGGCUCAAUCCCAAUCUUGGUUACGUCAAGUCGGCCAGCGCGCGGCAAAAGGUGCGCCAGUGGUUCAACCACCAGGCCCGGGGCAGCAAUAUUGAGCGGGGCCGUGACAAGCUGCGCAAGGAACUACGCCUCCUGAACCUGAAGCUGGAUGAUUCGGAGAUUCUGAACCUGGUCCGGUUCGAGACCAUGGACGAUUUCCUGUUGAACCUGGGUUCUGGCGGCCUCACCGAUGGCCAACUGGCCCACCGUCUAUCCCAGGCCGCGCGACAGGAACCGGAAUUCCCCCUGCCUAAGCCCAAUUUGCCCCUGUCCAGUCCCAGUUCGGGGAUUUCCGUGCUGGGCGUUGGCGACCUGCUGAGUCGCAUAGCCCGUUGCUGCAACCCCAUUCCCGGUGACGAGAUUUCCGGCUUCGUCACCCGAACCCGGGGCGUUACGGUUCACAAGAAGGACUGCAUAAGCCUGAUCAACGAGGACGAGCCGGAGCGCAUUGUUCACGUGUCGUGGGGUGAGGCGAAGGAGUUGUACCCGGUUCGGGUCUGCAUCGACGCGUACGACCGGGUGGGCCUGCUGCGGGACGUAACCGUGCGGGUUUCGGAGGAACGGGUCAACAUCGCCUCGGUGGUAACCCAGGAGAAGUCCGACGGCACGGUGAUAAUGGAGCUUACGCUGCAUACCACCGGCUUGGAGCAAUUGGGGCAGCUGUUUGCCAAGCUUGAAGGAGUCAAGGGCGUAACCUCGGUCACCCGAGCCCACACCCCCACGGCGGUGAAGGUGUAG